GGUGUGAUGAGAGGCAGAAACUGAAGAGCAUUUGGAGCUUUCUCGUCUUUCACAGAUUUUUCUCUCUAUCUGAGCAACUGACAAACUGAGAAACAUGCCUGAGCAAAGCAAUGAUUACAGGGUUGUUGUGUUUGGAGCUGGCGGAGUGGGCAAAAGUUCUUUGGUCUUGAGGUUUGUGAAGGGCACUUUCAGAGAGAGCUACAUCCCUACUAUUGAAGAUACCUACCGUCAGGUGAUCAGCUGUGAUAAGAGCAUAUGCACUUUACAGAUAACUGACACUACAGGGAGCCAUCAAUUUCCAGCCAUGCAACGUCUUUCUAUUUCUAAAGGACAUGCUUUCAUUUUGGUUUACUCUAUCACUAGCCGACAGUCCUUGGAGGAACUCAAACCAAUCUAUGAACAAAUAUGUCAGAUUAAAGGAGACAUAGAAAACAUCCCAAUAAUGCUGGUGGGGAACAAAAAUGAUGAGAGUCAAAAUCGAGAGGUGGACAGCAGUGAAGGAGAAGCCAUGGCUAAGAAGUGGAAAUGUGCCUUCAUGGAGACCUCUGCCAAGCUGAACCACAAUGUGAAAGAGUUAUUCCAAGAAUUGCUAAACCUUGAGAAACGCAGGACUGUGAGUUUACAAAUUGAUGGCAAAAAAAGCAAGCAGCAGAAAAGGAAAGAGAAGCUGAAAGGCAAAUGUGUGGUGAUGUGAAAUUGCACUGUCAGAAGUUAAUCAUACAAUCUCACCUGUCUGACAAUACUCAUACAAAACCUACAGAUAACAAACAACCAUGGAAAACCCUAUUCAUUAGUAUCUGUUUUAAAAGAAAUAUUCUGAAUUUCAAAAAAAUUAUUUACUGUAGUUACUAUGAGAAACCCCCAACAAUUAAAAUCAUGUACUCCACCUUCUGGUGAAAAAA